CAUUAUACAUUCAUUACUCGUUGUAAUUCAAACGAAUUAGAAUUGGGAACCCUAGGUUGAACCAGCCUUCAUACACUCACUCCUCUCUAUUCAGCGACAAUGCAAGGAAGCGCCGCCGACGGAGAAGCUUUGGAUUUCGAGCCAGAGGAAGAUGACUUGAUGGACGAAGAAGGUGCUGUUGACGCCGAAGCUUCUCCUCCACAUCCCAAACUCAAAUCCGCCAUCACCUCCGUUCCCAAAAAAACCAAAGGUCGCGGUUUCCGUCAGGAUUCUGAUUCCUCCAACCGUAACUCUCGUCUUGCUGAUUCCGGUUUCGAUACUCUCACUGCUGAGGGUGGUCCUGGUCCUCAACGAUCUAUUGAAGGAUGGAUUAUUUUGGUGACUGGUGUACAUGAGGAAGCUCAAGAUGAUGAUUUGCAGAAUGCUUUUGGUGAAUAUGGUGAUAUUAAGAAUCUUCACUUGAAUCUUGAUCGCCGUACUGGUUUUGUUAAGGGUUAUGCACUGAUUGAAUAUGAGCGCUCCGAGGAAGCUCGGAAUGCAAUAGAGAAUUUGAAUGGAUCUGUGCUUCUCACACAAACCAUUUAUGUUGAUUGGGCUUUCAGCAGUGGACCUAUUAACGAGACAGUUAGAAGAAACAGACCUCAGCGGCGCUCCAGGAGUCCUCCUAGGAGGAGAUAUUGAAAGGGUCUUUGUUAAUUAUACAUGAUGUCAGUUGUGUGGAACUUAAAUGAGCGGUGUGAUUUGUGUUUGUCCAAUUGUGGAUGCUUUUUCCUAUACUUAUGCAGCUUCCGUCAGACAAAAUACAUAUCGGUUGUUGAGGAAUCUUAUCUUACAUCAUUUGUUGAAUGUUAUUAACUCAAGUUUAUUAUGGUUUAGUGUUUUAACAUAUCUGUAUUGCACUGUAGUAACGUGUUUGGUUUAGUUUUUCUUUAUUAUGUAAUGACAUUGUGUUGAAGAAGAUAGUAUCUCUUUUGGAUUGCGUCUUGUAUGUGAUGGGCGUGAAUGAGUGAACAACACUAGCGUGUUUCUUUUUCUCUCAAUAGAGGCAUUUUAUUCCUCCCA